AUGAUUUCAACUAUUGGCCAUUUGAUUUAUGCUCAAAGCAGUGAAGAUAGAUCUACUGAAUACCUUCGCCAAAGAAUUUCAAUUGAGAUUCAGAGAGGAAAUGCUGCUUCCAUUCUCAAUACUAUUCCAUCUAGCAAAGGACUCGAAGAAAUUUUUUAUGUACUGGGUGAUGCUUUUUCAAUAAAAACAAGGACUUGUGCAAGCAGAUCUAAACAAGAAGAUUCAUGUGAACUCUUUAAACCCAUCCAUGCUGUUGAUCUCCCACCCACAUCAAGUGUCGUUGAGUCAUUACCGAAUCACCAGUCAACCUAUUCAACUCCAUAUGAUAUUCUAACUGAAGAUCUAGAUUCAAAAUCGAUAUAUCUCCGCUCCAGCGAUAGAAAUUGUGAAUACUGGUCCAAGGAUUCAAUAUCAUGGAAGAUUUCGGGACUCAACGGCUUGAAGAACACUGGGAACACGUGUUUCAUGAACAGUAUAAUUCAGUGCCUGUCUCACACUAAGUGGUUGUUGGAGUUUUUGAGAAUGGACUUUAAUAACAGAGACAUCAAAACGAGUAUAUCCAGCACGAAGGGAUCUUUGAUGAAGGCUUUCGCAGAAGUCAUAAAAAAACUGUGGUCGGAGGAUUCGACUGGCCAAGGUGUGGAUAUGUCUCUUUGA